GCGAGCAGAUUGAGGCUGCCACUGCAGCGCCGCCAGCAUGAACUUGGCCGCGAGCUGAAGCGGCCGGCGGCGGGCGGGCGCGGGGGCACCGGCCGCUAGCCAGGGGGUGAUCAGCAACCAGGCCGGGCCAUUCGCCGGGCGCCUGAGGCCAGGCUGCCCGCGCCGGCGGCCGCCCGCCCCUCGGGCACUGCCCCCGCCGCCGCCGGAGCUCCGCAGCACGCCCUGUGUCUAGGUCGUUUGGGAAGCACCUUGGAGAGACAAGAAUAAAAUUGCAGGUCAAACAAUGGAUGACUGGAAAAAUCGGCUUGUAAUCAAGAGCAUGCUUCCCCAUUUCGCCAUGGUGGGAAAUCGUCAGGAGCCCAGAAAGCUCCAGGAAUCGCCACAGGGAACCAUUAAGAGGAGACAGGAAGGAGACAACUUCCAGUUUCCAGGCAUGGCUGACGGGGGUUACCCUAAUAAAAUUAAGAGGCCUUGCCUUGAAGAUGUCACCCUUUCUAUGGGCCCAGGUGCCCAUCCCAGUACCCCCUGUGCAGAGCUGCAGGUUCCUCCGUUAACGAUGAAUCCUAGCCCUGUGGCUAUGGGCGUAGCUGGCCAGUCAUUACUACUUGAGAAUAAUCCCAUGAAUGGCAGCGUUAUGGGCCCACCAUUUGUGGUACCACCAACCGCAGAAAUGGGGCUGAAAGGGGCCACGGUUCCUUACUAUGAGAAAAUCAACAGCAUGCCGGCUGUAGACCAGGAACUUCAAGAUCUGCUGGAGGAGCUAACCAAAAUUCAAGAACCUUCUCCAAAUGAGCUAGAUCUUGAGAAGAUCCUGGGGAGCAAGCCAGAAGAGCCACUGGUCUUAGACCAGCCUCAGGCAACCCUAGGCACAACUCCCAAGCCUUCAGGUCAGAUGCCACACUUGGAGAGCCUUGGUGCCAGCAAGGAGUUUGCUUCUAGUUGCAGCCAAGUCACUGGCGUGUCACUUCAGAUCCCGCCCUCCUCCACUGGGAUCAGCUAUUCGAUCCCUUCCACCAGUAAGCAGAUCGUCUCACCCAGUUCUUCGACAGCACAGGCCAAGAACCAGAUGCAGGCCAUGCUCCCUGUCACUUUGCCCCCCCUAGCAGUGCCUCAGUGGCAUCACGCCCACCAGCUGAAGGCAUUGGCAGCCAGCAAGCAGGGGUCUGCUACAAGGCAGCAAGGGCCUACCCCGAGUUGGUCCGGUCUGCCUCCUCCAGGCCUCUCCCCACCUUAUCGCCCAGUGCCGUCGCCACACCCGCCACCACCGCCGCAGCCAUUCAGCCCUCAGAGCCUCAUGGUGUCCUGCAUGUCAUCCAACAACUUGUCAGGCAACACUAUGCAAGGCUCUGCCAAUGCCUUACUCUCAAGCAUGGUGUCCAGCAGCAACGCUGCCCUUGGGCCCGCCAUGCCCUAUGCCCCUGAGAAGCUCCCCAGCCCAGCUCUCAGUCAGCAGCCGCAGUUCAGCCCACAGAGUCCCAUUCUGGCCAACCUGGUAUCCUCUACCAUCAAAAGCCCUCCAGGACACCUGAUGUCUGCUCUGCCCACCAGCAACCCUGGGCCAUCUCCCCCCUAUCGCCCAGAGAAGCUCUCCAGCCCAGGCUUGCCGCAGCAGUCCUUCACUCCUCAGUGCUCUCUGAUCCGGAGCCUCACUCCCUCCAAUAAUCUGCUCAGCCAGCAGCAGCAGCAACAGCAGCAGCAGCAGCAGCAGCAGCAGCAGCAAGCAAACGCGAUCUUUAAGCCUAUGGCCACCAACUCAUCUAAAACCCUGAGCAUGAUCAUGCAACAGGGGCUGGCAAGCUCCAGCCCCGGAGCCCCAGAGCCAUUUACUUUUGGCAACACCAAGCCCUUGUCCCAUUUUGUUUCUGAGCCGGGCCCCCAGAAGAUGCCCUCCAUGCCUGCCACCUCUAGGCAGCCUUCCCUGCUCCACUACCUGCAGCAGCCGACACCAACACAGGCCUCAUCUGCCACUGCCUCCUCCACCACUACUGCCACCUUGCAGCAGCAGCAGCAGCAGCAGCAGCAGCAGCAGCAGCAGCAGCAGCAGCAGCAGCAGCAGCAGCAGCAUCCUGACCAUUCUUCCUUCCUUCUGCAGCAGAUGAUGCAGCAACCCCAGCGCUUUCAGCGAUCAGUGGCCUCGGAUUCCAUGCCUGCUCUGCCCAGACAGCAAGAGAAGCAGAGAUCAGGUCUUACGGCAAUGACCCCUGAACAGCUGAGUGCAUAUAUCGCCCAACAGAUGAGUCAAUUUCAAGCCGUCCAAGAACAAGUCACCUCCAAGUGUAGCCGGACCAAGGCAAGCCCCCCAUCCAGCCAGCACGUGAUGCCACCCAGAACUGGGCUCCUUCAGAACAAUCGGAGUUCAGGCAUGACCCCACCCAGCAGGCGCCAGAGCCGGGAGGGCAUGGGCGUGAUCUCCCCUCCUCCAGGGAAGCAGCAAGGAAUUUUCAGCUCUAGACCCCAGUUUCCCAUACCCUCGUGCUCGGGCCAGAACCCCCAGAGCAGUCUUGCCUCUGUCUGCCAGCAUACGCAGAGUCCCAAGGCCACCCCCCCAGGAGUGCCCCUGCCCGGGUUCUGUCCCAGCCCUCUGGGCAGCCAGUCCCUGAGUCCCCAGCAGCUCAGACAGCCCAGUGUGCCAAGAGUGCCCACUGUGUUCAACAAUGCCUCAUGGGUGGCAGCAGCAGCAGCUGCCACCACAGCAGCUUUGAGGGAACCGCCCCCGAGCCAAGUAGGUAAUGACAUUCAGCAGCACUUUGAUAGCAACUCAAUCUUUGCCAAGGCACCCAUGAGAGUGCCCCCGGGACCCCCGGCAUGUCCAUCUCAGCAAGUGGUUGUGCCCCUCAGUCAGAUGACCCCAGGGGGCAGGCCUGGCCAGAAGGCAAGUGCUACCCUGGCCAACCCCAGCUUCAGCCUGCUGGGCAGCCAGAGCUGCAGGCAGAGCCCAGUGCGGGGCCCCGUGCCUGUGCUGAACACCACCAAGUCCCUCCAGCAAGGCAUGGCCAGCUUCGGUCCCAUGAGUCCCAUACAGGGCAUCGAGCCCCCAAGCUAUGUGGCCGCUGCUGCUGCCGCUGCUGCUGCCUCCGCCAUCGCCGCCAGCCAAUCCCCAGGUUCAUUCAACAAAACGACUACCCCCCCUAAGCUGCCACCUGACACCUUUUUGCCCCAGCCCCAGGCCCCUUUAAAUGAUCUGAUUUCUCCACCUGACUGUAGUGAGGUGGAUUUCAUUGAAGCUCUCUUAAAAGGCUCCAGCGUGAGCCCCAGUGAAGACUGGGUGUGCGACUUGAGGCUGGUCAAUGACGUUUUGGAACAGCACGCUGCUGCCCAAAAUACGGCAGCCCAGAAUGCUGGCCACCUCACCCAGGAUGCUGGGGAGCUGUAAAUCUGAACAGGACACCCAUAGAACCCCCCAUGUUGACGUCACUCUAGGGGGUGGUGUGAAUCCACAGCAAAUUCACAACUGGCCCAGACACCCACAGUUGUCUCCUCGUCACAAUUUGAGUGGUGCCAGCCCAUGCCCAUCUCUCUCUCUACCUGUGAUACACGGGAAGCUGGUGAUUUUUCAAGCUACUUGUACAUAUUUGAAAAUUUUGUAAAUGGUUUUCCUAAACAUUAAUGACAGAAGUAUUUAUACUUCAUUUUGUGACUUUGUAAAUAAAGUGACGGCUUUCGUUUCAGUAGUGUUGUGUUUAUCAUGCAUUGUUUGUGUUUAUUACACAUGGUUACAAAUAUGCAGACUGUGCUG